UGAAUGUAAAUGUUGAUAUUUCCACAUAGAUUCCUGUUGAUCUAUGGAAAUCAACAAAGAAAAGUCCAAUUUCAAUGUAAUGAACCUGAUGGGAGCCACCAGGUGCGUGUUGUGGACAUCAAAAAGAAAGCAUCGGAGAUAUUCAACUUGGCAGUCGACCAUGUCCAGGUCAAGAUAUGGGACCGAGGAUUCGAUGAUUGGAUCGAUGGUGAGGAUGACAAUGAAGAAGUGGAGCAUAACAGCAAAGUCCAGAUAGCGCUUGCAGACAUGGCAGAUGCAGGCAGUAGGCCUAUGGAUGACAUCCCAACCAGUGUGUCCCUUGCUUCAUGUGGAACAUCAUCACCUACAUUGUGUAGUUCUGUCAAUUGGGUAAGGGACUACAGGCUACCAAGCUUCCCUGCCAGUAUUUCUACCAAACUCGAGAACGGCCAAGCUCUAAAGGAGGGGGAGAGAUCUGCGAUGUUGGAGGCCAUCUACAGCAGCGUUAGAAAGUACACUUACUACCCAACUUCAACGCAGUACAGCCAGAUUAUACAGUUGUUGUUUGACCGCUUCACCAAAUUGGCGGGCCAGCCAGACAUGUCGUUGGAUAAUGCAAGAGUCCUGUGGAAGUACAGACUACAGUACAAGUUUGCAAACUCACGAAGGCGUGAGGACAGUAAUGUCCCUGUUGUCCUCCAUCGCAAGAGGAAGUCUGCAGACAACCAACCAACAGCGGUCCAGUCUACCAAGAAAACGCCACCACAGUGGGGCAUUGCUAACUACCAGCCAGCCAGGCCAUCCUCAGAAGAUGAUGCAUCCAUUGCAGCUCAUAUCAAGUGGAUGAAACAGGAGACGUCCAAACGCAAGCCUGAUUGUGACAGGAUCAAGAUUGCAAUGAGCAUGACCCUUGCUGAUCGGCGACAGCAAAUAACAAAGGAUGGUGCCUCAAUCGAGACAAUUCAGAAAACCUACCCCUGGCUUUUUGAUGAAGAAGAGAUGCAGAAUGAAUUUAAACGCCUUCACGAAGAGGGGAUAAAAGAACUCCUCGAGGCAGGAUUGACGAAGUACGGGAGUGCCAUCAUAGAGCUUAGUAGGAACUUGAAAAAGGAGCAACCCUGUCUUCAAGAGGCUCUGUCAGCCAUCGGUCUUCAGCGUGAGGAGAAGAGUCGAAGAGAAGCAACUUGCACUGCUGCAGCUCUUGGGAUACCAUGCUUGCUGAAGGAGCAGGUCAAAGACAUGAUCGUGUUUGGAGAGGAAGCAACAGACGGUGUGCCAAUAAUAUGUGGUGACGAAGAAGAUUUGGCCUCAUGCAGCACCUUCAGUGUAGAGAUCGAUGGGACGAUUGUGAGCUCGUCAAAAGAUGUGCUCUCAGCCAUGGCAGUCUACCUCGCAAGUUUCUAUGUUUUCAAUUUAGCUUACCCCACCCGUCUCAAGAGGACACUGACAUUUUUCCAGAAGGGAGUUCUUAAUAUCCAGGAUAACUUGAAGCCUGAGAGAGUUGUGAUCUCCCUUCUGGAGAAACUCAGUCAACUCAUGUGGAGAACAGAAAUUACUGGAACGACUUCCAUGUUGAACGGGAUAGUAGGGGGUGGUGUCGCAUUGGAAUGUUUCGUCAAAAGAGUUCCAUUGGGCUUUCUGCAUAUUACCUUCAAGUGGUUGCUUGGCAACAAACCAUUGCUCGAUUCGUGCACAAAUGAGGACAGCACCAAGGCGAGAAAGUAUAAAUAUCACCAUGACAACCACGGUUGCAAUUUGACGAUUAACGACCUCGAGUUAACUGACGAGGGGCGCUACAGAUGUGAAGCUCAGUAUUCGGCUACGACGGUGUGGAAACAUACAUCAUUGACAGUUAAUGUGCCACCCAAAGAUGUGCACAUCAUCAACGCCACUACCGGCGAAGUUUAUAGCGGAGACGUGAACGUCGGACCGGGCACUGACCACAACUUCACCUGCCUGGCCGCAGACACCAAACCCCCGGCAGAAAUCACUUGGACAUUCGCUGGAAAGAACACAAGCGGAGAGACGAGGGUAGUUGGGACGAGAUUGCAUAACACCAGCAGCACGUUCACCGUGCCGUCGUUUCAGCCUGGUCAGCGGGGGAAUCUAACGUGCACGGCAACUGGGGCAGGAGGGAAGGUGGUUACGAAUAUUCGGUUGCUCGGCAACUAUGAAAAAACAGACCCCUCGAUGCAGAGUCAGUCGAUUGUUACCUUCAUUGCCGUCGGUAUCGCGGCUGGAUUUCUGCUGGUGCUUGUUGCGGCUAUUGUCUCAUGGCAACGCCGAAAGAAUAACAUUGCCUCCGAUGGAAACCAGUGA